AUGCUGCCGAAGCUAGUGUUACUCGCUGGCUGGGCUUUUCAUACCGUCGCGGCCCGACCCGUCUUCACCAACACCAAUUUUGAUGUCGAGCAAGGGACGCCUUUCACGCUCCACUACCAGGGCUGUGACGAUGGCUGCACCAUCGCCCUUAUGACAGGCGAUUCUGCUAAUCUGAGAGUCGAAGAAGAACUGACAACGAGUGCGACCGGUGAUAGCUUCACUUUCACUCUGAAUGACCUUGACGCGGGAACAUACGCUUUUAGAAUCACCAGCGGAACAGACUCUUCAUACAGUGCCCUGUUUGAAUUAGCUGGAGACUCGAACUCCUCUGCGUCGGAAACGGCCGCUUCCUCCGAAACUCCGGCCGAGUCAACAACCGCGCCAGAGACCAAGUCAACGUCAACGUCGACAUCGACAUCAUCUGCAUCUAGUUCGAGCAUCACUGGCUCCGAAUCUUCAACCGACUCUCAAACUACUACGACGUCUACUUCGUCGGGAGUUUCUUCAACCAUGUCAACGGCAUCACAAGCCACCACAACAGCACCCAGCCCUCCCAAGCAUGGACUAAGUGCGGGUGCGAUUGCUGGAAUUGUAGUUGGAGUAGUAGCCGUCAUCCUCAUCGUCCUUGGAGCUUUGUUCUUCGUGAUGAGGAGGAGAAAGCAGAAGGCGGCCAAGGGAUCAACGUCAAGUGCUGACCCACGCGAUGGACAGCCUCAAAUUGCCGAGUUAGAGCAGCCAAAGAACAUUAAUAUCGUCGUCACCCUAGCCACACCGGCUAAGAUACGCAUAUAA